AUGAUUGACAUCAGUAUCCCACUUUUAAGGUUACUGACCAGUUCAGAUUCCUAUGGUCCCUUUGUUUUUGGAUGGUUGGUUACCGGAUCGUUUGGCCUUUUUGCCCUUGUAUAUGCCUUCCUUAAAUGGCAGAGAAAGACAUCUCUUAAUUGGGUUAAAGCUGCUGCCAGAGCAAAGAAGCAAGUCUGGAAAAAACUAAAAGUUCCACUAUCACAUCAUACAUGGACGGAAGAUUUUGCAUAUGGUGGGCAGCCAUCCACAUGUUGUGUUUGUCUAACUUCCCUAGUGUCCCCGCAAAGUUUAGGCACAAAAGCCACAUCACAUUCUCCGGUCCAUCGUUGCUCUGUUUGUGGUGUAGCUGCUCAUUUUCACUGUUCUCAGUUUGCUGCAAAGGAUUGCAAGUGUGUUGCACAAGCUGGGUUUAGCCAAGUGCAGCAUCACUGGUCCGAACGAUGGAUCAACAUGGAUGAGAAUCCUGAGAUGUCUGCCUUUUGUUUCUACUGCGAUGAACCUUGUGGUAUUCCUUUUCUCGAUGCAUCUCCAACAUGGCAUUGCUUAUGGUGCCAGCGUCUUUUGCAUGUCAAAUGUCAUGCCAAAAUGUCUGAAGAGUUAGGUGAUGUUUGUGAUUUAGGUCCUCUCAGAAGGAUUAUUCUUUCUCCACUGUGUGUGAAAGAUGAUGAAGGUGACUCAAUUGGUGGAGGGAUGUUGAGUUGUAUUACAGAAGAAAUUAUUGCUUCUUCUGUACGAGGGCAGAUUAGAAGAAAGCGCCACCGGAACAAACAUGGGAGCAAUCACCCGGUUACUGGUAAGGUGGAAGAUGGUUCUGCCACCAAAACAACACUGCAAUAUGUGCUUGAUGGUCUUGUUGGUUUGAAGAAUUCCAGUAGUGGAAAAUACAAGGAUCACUUCUCAAAGGAUAGCAGAGUAUUUUGUAAGAAGGGUACCCACAAUGACUUAAUCCACACAAAGCGUGAAAGUGGUUUCUGUGGUAAGCAUACGAAGCAUAAACUUGUGGACCUGCCACAUGAUGCAAGACCUCUUCUUGUCUUCAUCAAUAACAAGAGUGGAGCUCAAAAUGGGCCUUCUCUUCGCAGGAGAUUGAACAUGCUAUUGAAUCCUGUUCAGGUUUUUGAACUCUGUUCCUCCCAAGGGCCUGAGGUUGGGUUGAAGCUGUUCAGUAGUGUGCAAUAUUUCAAGGUUUUAGUUUGUGGUGGAGAUGGUACAGUUGCCUGGGUCCUUGAUGCAAUUGAGAAGCAGAAUUUCGAUUCGCCUCCACCUGUUGCUAUUCUUCCUCUGGGAACCGGAAAUGAUUUGUCAAGGGUUUUGCGAUGGGGGGGAGGAUUCUCGACGGUUGAAGGACAAGGUGGUUUAGGCACUCUUCUGCAUGACAUUAACCAUGCUGCCGUUACAAUGCUUGAUCGCUGGAAAGUUGACAUAAUGGAAGAAAAAUCUGAUAGUAAUCCAAAUAAAGUGCAAUCCAAGUUCAUGAUGAACUAUUUAGGCAUUGGGUGUGAUGCAAAGGUUGCAUAUGAAUUUCAUUUGACUCGGGAAGAAAACCCUUACAAGUUUUGCAGCCAGUUUGUGAAUAAAUUACGAUAUGCAAAAGAAGGUGCAAGGGUUAUAAUGGACAGGACUUGUGCUGACUUGCCAUGGCAAGUUUGGCUUGAAGUUGAUGGGAAGGACAUCCAAAUUCCUAAGGAUGCUGAGGGUUUAAUUGUGCUCAACAUAGGCAGCUAUAUGGGCGGAGUGGAUCUGUGGCAAAACGAUUAUGAGCAUGAUGAUAGUUUCAACCAUCAGUAUAUUCAUGACAAAAGUCUUGAGGUUGUAUGUGUCUCUGGCGCAUGGCACCUUGGAAAACUUCAGGUUGGACUUUCACAGGCAAGGAGGCUAGCCCAAGGGCAAGUAAUAAGGAUACAUUUGUCAAGUCCUUUCCCGGUUCAAAUAGAUGGGGAGCCUUUUAUCCAACAACCUGGAUGUUUAGAAAUAACACAUCAUGGACAGGUUUUUAUGUUGAGGAGAGCAUCAGGCUCCGAUGAGCCACGGGGUCAUGCAGCUGCAAUUAUGACGGAUGUUUUGGUGGAUGCCGAGUGUAAAGGCCUCAUCAAUGCAUCACAGAAGAAGUUACUUCUCCAACAGAUGGCCCUCCAGCUCUCCUGAUUCCAUUCCCGCCUUCGUGUUCUCAGUCUCUUCAUUUUUCAUAUCUUCAAGGUACCUUCAUUGUGAAGUUUUGCUGACUAGAGUAUCCUUUUUACAUCCAUACACUAAACAUUUUUGUUUUACUUUUCUUUUCCCGGUUCUCAACUGUUGCUUCUUCUGAGAGCGUGAAUUUUGUAAACUGAGAGAGAGAGAGAGAGGUAAUCUAAAGAGUGAACUUGAUAUAGGCGAUACUGUAAAUGAAUGACGUGAGAUUCAAUCACACAGUGGCUUUUUUUUGUUGGAACUUCAGGUAAUGGGUUUCAAAACCCAUGGUUUAGCAAUGUACCUGAUUUUGUUGAUAAUACGGGUUGUAAUCCCAUAUAGUUCAGCACACUCUUCUUUUACCCAGAUUGAUAAUACAUUUUCAUAUUUUUUAUUGAGAAAGUAUUCAUUGCAA